GGCUGCCGUACCGCAGCGGCCCCGCUGAGCGUCUAGACCAGGGUGCGCGCUUCGCUUCAGACUCCGCGGGAGCGCAGGCGAGCCGCCGCUCCCACCCCCCACGCCCACCAGGUGCGUUGAUCGUCCUGCACCCCACCAUCGGUAGCCAAGUCACCCAGGCUGUCAGGGACAAAGGGAAGGGAGGAACAGCUCGGGCCAGCCGGGACCGGACACGUAAGCCCCCUGCGGACCCUCGGAUCGCCCCGGGGGAAGAUCGUUGCGUUCCGCUAGGCAGCAGGUAGCUAAAGCUAGAGCCCGGAGCCCCAAAACCCGAGCCUGAACUCUAACCCUGCGGGUGGCCCUUCCAGAGUAGGAUUGACCCAGCCUGGGUUUUGCAGUCCUCGGGCUCCCUCCCGCCCCAAGAUUAGCCUUCACUGGGCAGCGCCAUGACCAUGAACCUUCUGCAAGAUUGGUGCAAGGAGCUCGAGGUGGAGGUCCACAGGGCCCUCCUGAUCACGGGCAUCCCUGAGCGCCUGCAGCAGGCGGACAUCGAGGCCACCCUGAGGCCGAACUUGCAACCCCUGGGCAACUACAGGCUCCGGACCGUGAGAGCCGUGACCAAGGAGAAGGCUCAGGCCGCUUUGGUGGAGUUCGGGGCAGAUUUCGAUCACUCUGCCAUCCCCAUCCACAUCCGGGGCGAUAAUGGAAUCUGGAAGAUUCUGAGUAAGGACCGCGGACAAGAUGCGCGGGUCCUUAGGCAGAUGAGGCGCCUGUUGCUGGAUGAAAGGCCCAUGGAUGACUUCCGAGAAAUAGCCAUCCCCCUGGUAUUGGAGGCCCAGGCCCAGGCUAAGGGGUUGGGGAAGGAGGCCAAGAAGGCUGGCUCCUCCGAAGGGGCAGCCAGGAACCGUCGGGGCCGUCGGGGAGGCAAGCGCAGAUCUAGAAGCCACAAGUUUACAGUUCAGAAGGGCAAGAAGAGGGGCCGGGGAGGGCGCCGAGCCAGGAGUGAGUCGGACGACUCCUCGGAUGACAGCCUGGGUAUUGUCAUAGAGGAGAUCUAUGCAGAGGACCUGAGCAUAGAUGAGGACCAGAGGGCCCUGUACGCCACGCUCCAAGCAGCUGCCAAAGAGCUCACCAAGAAGUGGGCCUUCAGGGGAGACCAGGACGAAGGAGAUGGCCCCCGAGAGUUUUUGGCACUUGUCACAGUCACCGACAAAGCUAAGAAGGAAGAGAUCGAGAAAGACCUUCCCGGGACGGAGUCCAUCUGCUUAAACAUCAAAGAUGAAAAGAGUGGGGUCCCCGACUUAGUUGCCCUCCUGGCUGUAAGAGAUACCCCGGUAGUGGAAGUAGACAGUGAGGGGGAGGAGGAGGAGGAGGAGGAAAAUGAAGAGGAAGAGGAGGAGGAGGAAGAAGAAGAUGAUGAUGACGAUGAUGAUGACUCCGACGGCGAGUCUCUGGAAAAUGGAGAGCAAGGAAAAGAAGGGGCGGACAACCCCGAGUUUGUGGCUAUCGUGGCUUAUACCGACCCUGCUGAUCCCUCUGCCCGAGAGGAAAUGCUAAAAAUUGCUUCUGUGAUCGAGACCCUAGGCUGGGGCGAUAAAAAAGACAAAAAAGACGUCCUUCCUCAAGUUCUGUCCGUCAUGUCCAAGGACACGUCUGGGCCCAGAGUGAAGGUGGAGGAGGCGGGCCGCCAAGUGGACGCCAUGGUCCUGAGGAAGGCGGAGGAAGAUGGAAAUCUUCUGGAGUGUAUUUCUACUUUGGCCGAAGCCGAGAACUGCCCCAAGGGAAAGAAGUCUGGGCUGGGUCUCCUCCGAGGCUGGACCGCUGAGGGCCACCAGGGUGGCCUCUUGGAGCUGGUGGCACUCCUGGCUGCGCAAGAUAUGGUGGAAGCCGUGAAAGAGGAAGAAGCCAGCAGGUGGGGUGGCGGCGGGGGCGGCGGCGGCAGCGGCGGCAGCGGUGGCAGGAAGUGUGAUCACAGCCAAGGUGGCUUAUCCGAUGUCCUGGCUUUCCUGGCCUCCCAGGAGAAUCUAGAAUCCAACGAGGAAUCGGAUGACGAGUCAGACACAGAGUCGGAGGGAGAUUCCGACGACACUGACAGCGAAGAAUCAGAACCCGGUGACAGCGUGUCCAAGAAGCCCCGCGCCAAGAGAGCGCGCACCGGCUCCAAGAGCCUGGCUCCUGCCGGCGCCACCGCAGCCUCCGCCGCGUCCAGGGCACGCAAAACCCGCAGGGGUGGCCGAGGUCGUGGCCGGGCCGUCACUCCAGAGAAGAAAGUGGGGAGCGGGGCUGCGACCGAAGACCACGCGGGGAACAACAAGAAGAAGAAGGGAUCUGCAGGCGCCGGGGCCCGUGCCAGGGCUGGCGAGGCCAAGGGACAGCCAGCUGCUGUUCCCAAGUCUACCCGCGGGAAGAAAGCACGUCGGGGCCCAAGGCGGGCGCCCAAAUGCCGUUAGUGCCACAGAUGUCACUACGAGCCCUGUCUCUUGUGUGUGGACCCCCCCCCAUUCUCUCUCCCCCCGCUCCCCCCUCUUGCUUAAACGCGUGCAUUCGCUUUUGUGUUCUGCCUGGCUGGCUAUGACCAGUGCCCAGCCUUCCCUCUUAGUUCUAUGAACAGAUGGCGUGAGCAGCGAUCGUGAUGACCGAAGCCUUGAUCCGACAAAGAAGAAGGAGACAAGACCCUCGGAUGCAGUGGCCGGUGGGUGCAGAGGAGAUGUGGGCCAGGAAGGCCCCGAGGGGCUCUGCUCUACAUCUGGAGCCCCAGUGUGAGUGCGUGUGGGUGUCUUCCAAGCGCCUGCUGCUGGCCAAACAGCUGGGUUCCACUGUGAGCCGCCUCUGGCCUGACUGGGUCUGGGUGAAACAAGAGCGUGUUGGGUAGUGUAAGCAUUAGCUGAGCUUGGAAGGGCUCAGGCCGCGCGUGCGUGCGUGUGCGUGUAUGUGUGUGUGUGUGUGUGUGUGUGUGUGUGUGUGUGUUGAGGGGGGAAGGUACUCCAGAAGUGAAAAUCUGAGGGCACUGGGAGGAGGAGGAAUAGAAACGGGAGGAGGGAGAGGAGAGGAAGGCUGAUGGGGGGGGGUGAGGAGAGGAGGAGGGAGGUUAGGGGAAGGGGCGGUGGUGGUAUUAGCCAACCCAUCUGAGGCUCUGCAGGUGGGGAGGGGUGGGAGCCAAGCCUCCCCCAGCAGCCCUUGUCCACAGGUUGAACUGGUAACACUCUGCCGAUGUGUUCUGAUUUGGAAAAGUUGCAGGAAAAUCCAGAUCGCUGGCUUCUCUGGGCAAACGCUGCCCCUCCCACCGUGGCACCCCGGCUCCAUCGCACCAGCUGUCUCUGGCCAUUCCUCAGCUGCUUGCCCUUGUAACUCUUGACUUAGUCUGACAAUGGAGUCCCUAGUCCAUCCCCACCACCACCACGUGCAGUAAACGCCCCAGAUCCCCUCUAAGGGUCAAGUGUCCCUAUUGUAGGAAGCAGUUGCUCUACUCCACUCUGGUAUUAUCCGAUCCCCCAGUAAACCUGGAGGACACUGGCCAGGCUCCAGACCUGUGCUGUCCCCGGGAGCAGUCGCUUCAGCUGUGUUUUCCUGCAGUGCUACGUGCCGCAGCCCUGGCUGCUCAGUCCUGUGUUUUGCUGUGUAGAUAAUGCUGUUCCUUGCACAGCACUUUUCACCCUCGUGUGUGUGUGUGUGUGUGUGUGUGUGUGUGUGUCUCCAAGUUUCUAUCCCCAGGAAGUGACCGGUUCGUGGUACCUGGACCCUCUAGGAUGUAAUGGAAGUUCCGACCUGUCCUCACAGCCCAGACUGGACAGUCCAGCCCCCGUGGGGAGGACAUACAGAAACUGCAAGGGCCGUGGGUACCUCUUUGUACUCGGAAGCAGCCCUCUGCUUGCUCCCGUGACCAGUGAUGAAGAAGGGACAGACGGAGGAGCAGGCCAGAGUGGCCCGUGGCUGGAGAGGAAGCCUUUCUUCGUGUGGGCCGAUGGACUUGGGGGGCUGGAGGAAUUCCUGGGCGACCUGUGGCUGGGGAGGGCCCCACAUGUCACUUCUCCCUGCAUAGUUAUAGGUGCCUGUCUUGUGUGCUGUGCUGUGCUGACCCGGGAUCCUUAAGUGAAACAUAGUGAAGCAUU